CGCUUGGUAACAUGGUGCAACCUCAUUGGGUCACUGAUCCUUGUCUUAUGCACGGAGAUCAUUCUGGUUUGUUACAUAGUUUGGUGCAACAACAGCAUCAACAGUUGCCUCCUCGAAAUGCUCUUAUGUCGCAACAUCUGCUCGCCCUCCAGCAGAGACAAUCAUAUGCUCAGCUUGCCGCGCUACAAUCCCAACUGUAUAGUUCCUAUCCUUCGCCAUCACGUAAAGUCCCUUUUGGAGUUAGUGAAGUUAGGGAACACAAACAUAAGUCAUCUCAUAGAAGUCGAAAGAACAAAGGCCUCUCUCAACAGGCAUCAGAUGCAGCUAGUCAGAAAAGUGAAAGGGGGCUGCAGUUUAGAUCGAAACACAUGACUUCAGAAGAAAUAGAGACUAUCCUUAAAAUGCAGCAUUCCAAUUCACACAGCAAUGAUCCUUAUGUCAAUGAUUAUUACCACCAAGCUAAGCUUGCCAAGAAGUCUGCCGGAUCUAUUAAAGCAGUCUCUCACUUCUAUCCCGCUCAGUUGAAGGACCACCAGCCUAAGUCUCGUAAUAGUUCUGAACAGCAUCCACAAGUUCAUGUAGAUGCUCUUGGAAAAAUUACUCUUCCUUCUGUCCGCAGGCCUCGUGCCUUGCUCGAACUUGACUCUUCUCCUGGUUUUAGCGAUGGAAGCGGGGAUCAUAAGGGCUCAGUAAAACAUUUGGAACAGGAACCUCUUGUUGCAGCUAGGGUUACGAUUGAAGAUGCUCUUGGAGUUCUUAUUGACAUAGUUGAUAUUGACAGGACUCUACAAAACACAAGACCCCAGGAUGGCGGUGCCCAAAUCAAGAAGAAGCGGCAGAUCCUGCUAGAAGGUUUAGCGACGGCACUUCAACUUGCUGAUCCGUUCAGCAAAACUGGUCAGAAAUCCGGGAUGAGCGCUAAGGAUGAUGUUGUCCUUCUACGUAUAGCGACUCUCCCCAAGGGCCGGAAAAUGCUUACGAAGUAUUUGCAACUUCUAGUUCCAG